AUGUUUAAACAAACAGUAUACUUCCUUGUUGUUUCAAGUCUUUUCGUACAAUCAUUUUGUUCAGAAAAUUGUGGUGAUUCUGUAGAAUGUUUAGAAAAUCAACUAGUUACACAAAUUAAUCAGUUUGAAAGAGAUGAGAAUAUUGGAGGAUUCAUUAGUUUGAAGAAAAUUGGAAGAACUAGUAAAAGUGUUAAAGAAAAAGAAGAUUUAUUCGAAAGAUGUUUGAGAUUUUUAAAAGAACACGAAAUUAGAAUUGCAGUACCUGAAAGUGGCAAAAGAAGUUUCGAAGAAGAGAGCCGCACAAAGAGAUUGAGAAGAUAUAUAUUGCCACUCAUCCUUCUCUUGAAACUAAAAGCUGCCAUAAUCCUUCCCGUCAUAUUGUCUAUGAUAUCGUUCGUUUCCUUCGCCGGAUUAAACAGUGGUAUGGCAGCGUUUCUGAUUUCAGGAGCUGUUGCAUUCAAGAGCUUUUUAGAAACUCAUACUCAACCAAAAAUAUCAUAUGAGGUGGUUCCACCCAUUGCUCCACAUUGGAGUAGAACUUCUUUAGAAGAAGGAUUACCAAUUGCUGGAUACCAAACUAUUAUUUAA